AUGGGAAAUAGUGGAAGUUCGCUUUCCGACUUGAAUUUGUUCUCUAAAGGUGCGGUAUUCAGCAGAGAACAACUAGACGAGUACCAGGACUGCACAUUCUUCACAAAAAAAGAUAUUAUCCGGCUCUACAAAAGGUACUACGCCCUAAAUCCUCAGAAAGUACCCACCAACAUGCAGGGAACACGUCCAGCGAUUGUCACGCUAACAUUUGAGGAGAUAGAAAAGAUGCCAGAACUAAGGGAAAAUCCUUUUCGACGAAGGAUUUGUGAAGUAUUCUCAGAAGAUGGCAGAGGGAACUUGACUUUCGACGAUUUUCUGGAUAUGUUCUCCGUGUUUUCUGAAAUGGCGCCGCUUCAGUUGAAGCUCAAAUACGCCUUUCGAAUUUACGAUUUCGACAACGACGAUCACCUAGGGCAUGAUGAUCUCAGCAAAAUGAUUCGAAGUUUAACUCGAGACGAACUGACCGACGAAGAAGUGGAGUUCAUCAUAGAAAGAAUCAUCGAAGAAGCGGAUCUCGAUGGAGACGAUCGUAUUAACUACGCCGAAUUCGAACAUGUCGUUUCCAGAUCCCCUGACUUCAUCCGAACGUUCCAUAUCAGGAUUUGA